ACACUCUGCAUCAUCGGAAUCAAUAAUUCCCGUCGUGUCACCGAAUCUGUAUCAACCACGAUCCUGUAUGCCUCUAGCUAAUAGCUAAAAUACCUGAAUCAUCGAUCAGCAUUUUCCUGUCAUUUUUCGACUUCAACACUCGUUUGCGACCAACCCAAAUCCUGACUAGGGCUAACUCAGAGAUCUCCUACUUCCGCCUUUGAACCUCCCGUUAUUCGUUCCGAGUCCUCGAUGCUUGAUGUUGCCAAUGAUCAUCAAACUGCGGGGCCUUUCUCUUUAUUGUCGCUGUUGUAUUUUACACUGUUUACUCUGUGCGAUGGCCGCCUGCAAAGUCCCGUGCCGCAUCACACGCGUGCUUGGCGAGCGUUGUUGUCCACUGCAUGCGGUUGCCCAUACUACCUCAGAUUACCCCUUGAGGACUUAUGUUCAUGGCUUUUGUGAUUUUUCGUUGAGCACCGUGGCCGUUGCUGUUCGUGCACUGAGCUGUUCGCAGGUUGUGUGUGGUCUGAUGGCGGGUCGAUUGUGGUGACUCACAGCAAGGCGUUUGUGUCAUGGUCUCUUGUCUUUCGGGCAUCCAACAUCAGGGAAAACCUCCCACGGGAAUUUUGAAAAUGUGACAACAAUUCUCGAGAAUUAUGGCAAAC